AUGAGACUCAAACACAUUACUGAGGAAAUAUUUCUUGAAGACUGGAUUCAUGAUGUACAGUUUUUAGUUGAUGCUAAAGCGCCUCAGCUGGCUGUUAUCACCGCACAUAAUUCUCUGAUAUUUUGGAGCACCGAUGAGCAAAAGAUAAAAUCAAUAUCAUGUUCUGAAAAUUGCAUAUUAUAUUCUGGUAGCAUUAUUUAUCAUGAUGCAAAUGUUAUUAUUUUGGCUGUAGGAACUGUUUUUCAGCAAAUACUACUAUGGUCUCCAAAUUCUGUUAGUGAAACAAGUAAUGGCAAACUUCCGUUUCAUCGAUUGAAAGGACAUCAGGGCGUUAUCUUUUCAGUGACAUUCAGUAAGAUUAACAAGUUAAUCUGCUCAACAUCAGAUGAUCGUAGCCUCAGGCUCUGGAAAAUUCAAUGUGACUUGCCUGUUGCGGAAUUCUCUUUGGAAUUCUGGGAAAAGUCAUCCAUUUCUCUCGUUAGCAUACUUUAUUCUCAUGAAUCUAGAGUGUGGACAUCAUCUAUUCUUCCAAGUUGUAUCAUAAGUGUUGGAGAAGUUAGAUAUAUUUGUUUUGCAUUGAAAAAGGGAUUCUAUGCGUUCAUGAAACACCCGUCUGCACUUCACUGCAGACAGUCAUCUACAAAAGUUGAUUUUCUUCGUUCGUUAUCUCUGCUCACCAACAAUGAAACUAGUCACAUUAUGGUCAAUACUGAUCAAGGGUAUUUAUCAUUUUAUGAUUUGAAGCAUAAAUUGUGGGUAAAUGCCCAUAUGGAUGAUUCUUAUGCUUCCUUUUGUGUAUCGUCCGUUUCAUUUCAAAGUAAAUAUGUUGCACUGGGAAACAUUUGUGGAGAUUUAACUAUUUUUGAUUUUGAAGGCUGGUCUUGUGGGAAACCUAAAAUAAAAAAGUUAAAAGUUCAUCAAGGUAAAAUAUGUGCUCUCCAUUGGGUGAACAAACCUGGCAUGAAUUUAUUAACCUGUGGUUUAAAGGGCCAAAUGAUAUUGUGGAAAAUACAGCUUGCUAAUGAGGACAUUGAAAUUAAUUGUUUGCAAAAACUUCACCUCCCAAAAUGUAAACAACAUUGGUGGUCAACAGUGGCUUUGUACACAAAUGAUUUUUCAUACUUGAUUGUUGGUGACAGAAGAGGGAACUUGAAUCUUUAUCUUUUAUUAGAUGCUGCAAAUAUUCAAGAAAUUAAUCCUUGUAAGAGGCUUUCCGGCAUCCAUGGAGACAGUGGAGUGACUGAUCUUCAAGAAAAAAAUUCUCUUAUCUAUUCAUCCGGUAAAGACGGUAAAGUUGUGGUGUAUAGCUUAGAAAAUCACUCAUUAAAUGUCUUAAAUACAGUUAAGAUGCCUCAUAAUUUAGAAUGGAUUGGUAGAAUGAUGUUUUAUAAAGAAGAAUUACUGCUUUUAGGAUUUUACACAAAAUAUUUUAUUGUAUGGAGUAGCCAACUUGAAAGUGCUGUUUUGAACAUUGAAUGUGGUGGUGGUCAUCGAUCUUGGGAUUUUUUCCUCAAGGAAAACGGAAAAGCCACGUUCGUUGCAAUAAAAAAGAAAGAUAUAAUUUACUAUGAAGAGAAUCUUGAAUUUGCUUUGCAUAAAGCAAUUAUAAAACAUGGAAUAUCUGGACAAGAAUUUACCUGUUGUUGCUAUUUAUUUACUACAAAUAAUUUGCCAUCAAAGUCAAUGUCAGUGUUUGCUUGUGGUGGAGAAGAUACAACUUUACGAGUUAUAGGAAUCUGCAGUUUGUUCAUUUCACAUUCAACAAAAACUUCUCUUCUGUCAUUAUGCAAUCUGUCUGGACAUUUAUCGAGCAUACGCUCCAUUGCAAAAGCCAAAAUGUGGCAGGAAAAUGCUUAUCUAUUGAUUUCUGUUGGUGGAAGAUCACAAAUGAAAAUAUGGAGAAUAACUCAUGAAACAAAAAUUGCCAACCAACCUUUGGUACAUUAUUUUGUUACUGGAGCAACUGAUGGUGAACUCAAAAUAAUCUACCAUGAAUACAAAAAUGAUCAUUCUUCCCAUAACUCAUGUACUUACAAUCACGAACUUGUCUUCCGAGUACAGCUGCACAAAUCUGGGAUCAAUGCUGUUGAUUAUUUGUUUCACAUUGCAGAAAAUAUAUGGCUUGUUUGCUGUGGAGGAGAUGAUAAUGCAUUAACUGCAAUUUUACUUGAUUUUAAGCCUACAUUACAAAAUGAAACGCAAAUUGAAAUUCUUAGUAGAACUCUGGUUUCUGAUGCUCAUGCAUCCCAAAUAACAGGCAUAAAAUUCCUGGGGUCUAAGAUGCUAGCUUCUGUGUCUAUAGAUCAAAGAUUGAACAUAUGGCACUGGAACUUAAAUAAUGGAAAAUUAGAAAUAAGUCUAAGGAAUUCAGCAAUGAGUCUCAUUCCUGAUAUAUCUCAAAUGGAUUGCUGGCCAAAAAGUUCAACUAGUUGGAAUGCUAUCAUUUGUGGACAAGGUAUAGAAUAUUUCAAUAUUGAAAAUAGCAAGUCAAAUGAAUAAUUGUAUCCACCAACACAUAAUAAAUUUUAUUUUUACAUAUCCAUUUUUAAGUCAAACAUCAUCAAUAAAUGUUACCUUCUACAUUGUUUUUAAAUUUUUUUAAGUGUUUUUAUCAAUUGCUAUUUUUACAUUGAGUUUUAAUAAUGUAUAUUUUGUACUUUAUGUAAAUAAAAUAUUUAUUGUUUAUAAGACAGUUGUUUCAUCAUUAAUCCUUAGUCAUUUUGAUCUUUAAGGCACUCAAGCCGACACUACUCUUAAAAUUUUCAACAAGUUAAAAAUUUACCUUAGUUUACAAUUCCUAUAAACCACACACAGUAUAAAACAAUGCUCUUAAUUUCUUCCCUUUUUGGCCCAUCGUCCCAAGCCACUUUGCACAUUGGCCAGCCAAAGCCAAAAAGCAAGAAAAGACAAAUCAUUGGGUGGCAAGUUAACAGCAAUGCUUGCAAAAACGCAAAUUCACUUUCCAAUCGCGAGCUGGCCGAUUUCGGGCUUGAGCUGUAACAUAUAAAUUACAGCAGGACUGUCCCAAGACAAAUUGGCGCCCAAGAUGAAUAUGCUCUGGCGCACCCCCCCCCCAAAAAAAAAAGUUGUUUAUAACAAAAAUUGAGUUUUUGAUUUUAGGAGCACACCAUAAUUUAGUUUGAUUUUCAAAGAAAGUUAGCUACACUUUUUAGGGAAAGAAAAUUUCAGGUCAGCCUAAAGGGUCACGUAAUUAGAGCUAAAUUCAGCUCUAAUGACAAGAAGUGAAUCUAGUUUAAGUUUUUUUUUAAAGCAAUAUUGAAAGCAAAAUGGUAAUGUAGUUAAAAUUCACCACAAAGCCCUGUUGUCCCUCUUUUGAACAGCUCUGUAUUAGAGCAGUUUAUACCAAAAAAUUAGUUAACCUUGAGCAUUCCAGCCAAACAAUUGAAAUUUAUGUACCAUGUAGAAGUUUUUAAUUACAGUUGGGGCAAACCUAACCUAGCAGCGUUUUCAUGUUGUUAUUAGGAUCUGCAUACCUUUAUCGGGUUAGGUUCACCCCAACUAUAGUUUCAGCACUAAAGCGAAGAAAAAACUUUUUUAUUUCAGUUCUUUUCCAAAUACGUAAGACUAUUUUGAUCUCCAUUUUGAACUUAUCAAACUGUUCUUUUGCAUUAUUUGUAAGAAGAGCAAUACAAAAUAUGUUGUUUUAGGUUUAAGAUCAAUAUCAGUUUUUCAGCUAUGUUGUUACAACAUGUUUUUCUUUUUAGAGAAUGAUCAGUAAUACAACUGGUUUGGUUAAAAUCUAUGCUCUUCAGUAAAUAUGCAAACAUCAAAAUCAAAAAAGAAACGUUGCAAUUUUUAACUUAUGCAUAAUUUUAAAAUUGCCACAUUUCUUUCCACCCUUCUUUCAUCAUUCUGAAGAGGAAAAUUUUCA